AUGGUGAGGUUUUGGUGGUGGAGACCAGCAGCUCAUGGAAAGCCCAUUUCUUUUGGUGGGUGCUUGGCCCAGCUCCACUUCUUCCACUUCUUGGGCAGCUCUGAGUCUGUGCUCCUGGCCAGGAUGGUCUAUGACCACUACAUGGCCAUUUGCAACCCUUUGCUCUACACCCUUGUCAUGAGCCCAUGGACCUGUCUGCUGCUGGUCCACUGGCUUUGUACAUGCCUUGAUUCACUCAUCCAGUCCCAAGGAGAAAGGUGGAAGCUCUUCUCCCCCUGUGCCUCCCACCUCACCAUUGUGGCACUGUUACAUUCCAGUGCUCGUCAACUAGACACCACCUCCUCAGGAAUCUCCACUCCAAGGCAUGUUCCAAUGACUCUCAUGUACAAUGCAGCUCUGUACCCCUUGAUCUACACACUUAGGAACCAGGAGUUGAAAACUGCCCUGAAAAAAAAAAUUUAG